AUGCUCAGCCGUCUCAACAUCACCAAAGGUUACCUCGGCUUUGCCGUCGCCUACUUUCUCAUCUUUGUGCUCGGGCUCUCCAUCAUUGGGCUGUAUGCUACCGACAUUCAGCGGGCGCGGGAGUCGAACUCGCAUCCCAACUCCAAAUGGGUUUUUGCUGUCGUCGUCGGCAGCCUUUCUAGCGUGACCUGCCUCGCCUACCUCGUCCCCUUUGUGUUUCACGCGCUCGGCAUCGUCGCGCCCAUCUGGAAUCUGGUGCUUUUUAUCCUCAACAUUACCCUGUUUGGCGUCUUUGCCAAGCUCUACCUCCACGAAGACGCUCACGGCAACGGCGCCGUCACCCGCAUGAAGAAUGCCAUCUGGGUCGACCUCACCAGCGCCCUGCUCUGGUUGCUCGUAGCGCUCGCCUCGGCGGGUUACUGGUGGAAGCACCGCGAUGUGCGCUCACGCUUCACCGGCCGCGCCCAUGUCUGA